UUAAUCUGCUUAAUUAAUUAAUCGAUUUUCUUUCUCCUUUUCUCUCCCUCAACAUUCAAACCCACCAUAUCCCCAAAACCUGCAAACUCAGAGAGAGUACUAUCAUCGCCAUAUUCGCCCAAAUCUACCCUCCCAACCAACCUCGCCUCAACGCUAACGAUGGAUAGGUAUCAGAGGGUAGAGAAGCCCAAAGCAGAUGCUCCAAUUAACGAAAAUGAGAUCCGCAUUACUACUCAAGGAAGAAUGAGAAACUAUAUCACUUAUGCUACCACUCUCUUUCAAGAGAAAGGAUCUGAUGAAAUUGUUGUCAAAGCAAUGGGACGUGCAAUAAAUAAGACCGUAAUGAUUACUGAACUAAUAAAAAGAAGGAUUGUUGGUCUGCAUCAGAACACUCAAAUUGGAUCAACUGAUAUAACUGACACAUGGGAACCACUAGAAGAAGGCCUUCUUCCUUUGGAGACUACUCGUCAUGUUUCAAUGAUCACAAUUACCUUGUCAAAGAAACAGCUGGAUACAUCCUCCACAGGAUAUCAACCUCCUAUUCCAGUUGAUCAAGUAAAACCUCUAAAUGAAUAUGAAGACGAAGGAGAAGGCUCACCAAGAAUGCGAGGAAGGGGGCGAGGUCGUGGAAGGGGCAGGGGUAGAGGCAGAGGAAUGUACAAUAAUGGGGGUAUGGAAUAUGGUGAUGGUGGACGUGGCUAUGGUGACAGAGGCCGUGGCCGUGCAUGGGGUCGUGCGUUCCGGGGACGAGGACGGGGAUAUGGUGCCCAACCAGUUGGGUAUUACGACAAUGGUGAAUAUGAUGCACCACCUGCCCCACGUGGCCGAGGUCGUGGAAGGGGAAGGGGCUUCGGGCGUGGUCGUGAUGCAGGCCGUGGUCCAGCUGCUUGAUCACCCGAGUGUUGGUUGUCAUGUAUAUGUUCAGUUAGAAGAGGGUUGCCUCUCUCUGCUUAGUUAUUUGUUAGCUGUUAACUUGGUAUUAUUUGAAGCGUUCAAUGUUGCAACCAUGUUACUGCAGUUCUGUUCAUCAUAAUUUUAAGUUAGGCAGGUUGAGUUAGGUAUUGUUUAGACUUUGAAAAAAAGUCAAAAGUAUUCCAAAUUUUCAAAUAGAAAUUAUUGCAGUAAGUUUUUCUAAGUUUUCUUUGUAGUUGACGACGUUUCAUUUAUGUACUAUAAAUUUUGGGCAGGAUUCACGA